CCCCUCCCUCUUCCCCGGCGGGUUGUUGACGCGUUGCCUAGCGACGGUCGCGUGGCCGGGGACCGCGCGUGGCGGCAGGUGCCCAACGGACCCCGAGAGGGACCCGCAGGGCCGGACCCGGCGGGGGGACAGUGGCGGGCGGGGGGCAGAAGCCCCGGGAGGACAAGGACAUCAGUCCGUAAUUUGCAUCUGGUCCGUCGCGGGCGCCGGUGGGGAGAUGGUAGUGGAGGAGGGGGGCCCGGGCCCCUCAAAGCCCGCAUGUGACAGGUGCUCCCGGCAGCGGGAGAAGAAGGACAAGCAGCAGGACAAGCAGCAGGACAAGCAACAGGCCUGCGAGGGAUUCACUAUUAGAGCCAUGAUGAAAAACAGCGUGGAAGUGAAUGAGGAAAGCCCCAUGGAAGGAGAAUUUCUGCAAAUGGUGUCUUUUUCUGAAUCAGUGGAUUUCCCUUGCAGUGAUGUUCAUCAGGUAAGAGGGCCCCCACCUGCAGGAUCAGUAAAACAAAGACCAGCAAAACGCACAGCUUUUCGCAAGUUUUAUGACAGAGGAGACUUUCCAAUUGCUGUUGAGCAUGGUCACGUAGGAAACAAAAUUGCCUGGAAGGCAGAGAUUGAAAAUCUGGACUAUCAUUACUUUCUGCCUUUGUUCUUUGAUGGGCUUCGUGAAACGGAAUUUCCAUAUGAGUUUUUUGCUCGUCAAGGAGUCCAUGACAUGCUGGAGCAUGGUGGAAACAAGAUUCUUCCUGUUGUUCCUCAGCUCAUUAUCCCAAUAAAAGAUGCACUGAACCUUCGUAACCGACAGAUCCUCUGCACCACACUGAAAGUCCUCCAGCACCUGGUGGUGUCAGCUGAAAUGGUGGGGGAGGCCUUGGUGCCCUAUUAUCGGCAAAUUCUCCCAGUCCUAAGCAUCUUUAAGAAUAUGAAUGAUGACAUGAGCCAAGGUCUCCUUUCCCUGAUCUUGAUGGUCUGCUCAGUUAAUUUAGGUGAUGGGAUAGAAUACAGUCAGCAGAAGCGUGAAAAUGUUGGAGUUCUCAUUCAAGAGACACUGGAACUCUUUGAACGCUACGGUGGAGAACAUGCUUAUAUAAACAUUAAAUACAUGAUCCCCACUUAUUGGUCGUGCAUUUAAACUGAAUUAUAUUAAAUGGGAUGAUUCCACCUGUGCUCUAAAAAAACUGUAUCUGACUCUGUAUGGCAUCUUGUUAGUCAUGCUUUAUUUUCUCUACAGCUGCUAAAAUAGUGGCUUCUGGGGCAUUGGAGUGUUAGCACUAUUGUGAACAAGGCUUUCCAAUACAUAAAUAGUGUCUGUUCCUUUGAUUACAAUGGUGUACUGUGCUUGUUUGUUCCCUGAAAGAAUCACUCCUUUAUAACAGAGCUGACUUGAACAGGAAUCUGAGUUAAACCUUCACUUGUGUAGACAAUAAAACUAUAAUUUUCAUACGCGAUUCAGCAAUUGCUGUUCUGUGUCCGCUUGCCCUGAGGGUGAUGUCAGAGGCUGUAACAAGAAGAGUUUAUGCUGACUGCUUAAUAGGUGUUUGUCAUGGAAGAGAAACACCAGUUCAGCAAUGCCUCUCUAGCAGCUGUGCUGAAUAAUGUGCACUGACAUACAAUAAAACUGUUGAAUGUAUAUACCAAUUGCAGAAGGAAAAUUUAUAUUUUCCAUUAUAAAGCACUGUCAUUAAAUUAAUCAAGGUUUCUUACACACUCCUGUUCUCAGCUUCCAGGUGUUUACUCAUGGAACUUGGGUUUCUCUUGGUGAACAUAAGGCACAAACACAGUUAUGAAGAAAAGAAGCCCAGAAAAAAACCUGAAUAAAUCAGAUGGAAGAUACAGCAUACAUAAAGUAUUGGUUCCUAGUGACACUAGGUAAACACAGAAUGUACACAUACAUUUUUAAAGGGCACUUGGUAUUUUUGUAACUGCAAGGUUGCUAUUGCUUUUCUGUUGUUAUUAUUAUGGUGUGUAUGUGUGCAAACAAUGCAGCUAUUGUUGUAGGAAUCCCUUACAAUUUCCUACUCAGUUAGUUUCUCCCUGUGUACCCAUAACACAGAACUGAUACAAACAUGGAUUUAAGCAAAGCUAUUGAGAUUGACUUUAUUGCUUUUUAAGCAUUUCUAUGGAAUAAACCUACCAAAAAAAAAAAAAAAAAA